GAGCCCGAGUGUCCUUAUCGCUGGCGCGGCCGCCGCCGGGCAGCGGGGAGCGCGGCGGGGAGCGCGGGCCCGGCGGCCUGGGCGCGGGGGGCAGGAUGCUGCUCUUCGUGGAGGAAGGGGUCUGGAGGAGGGAGAAUUUCCCUUCCUGGUGAGAGGGGACUGGAGCAUAAUGACAGUCAAGUCUUUAAAAGCUUGUGAGUGCCCAGAGUCCUUCCCGGUAGCCGCUCCCUCCGCUGAUGUUGUCGGAUGUCAAUAAAGAGAGGUUGGAGGCAACACUUCCAAUGGAGCAGGUGACAUCGAAAGGUGCUGGCUUAAACCCUAACGCUAAAGUGUGGCAAGAAGUGCCCCAGGGGGGUGGUGAGGCUGUGCCCCCCACAAAUGGCACAGAGCACUCGUGGCAGGAGACGGCGGCUGCACCGGGGGCUCCCACCGAGGGUACCAUAGAGAUUUCAGAGGACAGCUGCAAGCAGUAUGAGGUCAUGUAUUCCCCGACUUGUGAAGCCACCAGGAAUGGCACAGGAGUUGAUGAGGCAUCUGCAAAUGGGAUUGUCCUGGCAACUGAAGAUCUUGGAUACCAAAUCUAUGAAGUGUCUGGUGAAGGCAGCUCCACUGUGUCCACAGAAGACAUUAGAGAAUGUUUGAAAAAACAGCUUGAAUUCUGCUUCUCACGUGAGAAUCUUUCCAAGGAUCUCUACUUGAUGUCUCAAAUGGACAGUGAUCAGUUUGUUCCAAUAUGGACAAUUGCCAACAUGGAAGGCAUCAAGAAGCUGACAACCGAUAUGGACCUUAUUCUGGAAGUUUUGAGAUCUUCUCCCAUGGUACAAGUGGAUGAGAGGGGGGAGAAGGUCAGACCGAACCACAAGCGCUGCAUCAUCAUCCUGCGUGAGAUCCCUGAAACAACCCCCAUAGAGGAGGUGAAAGCUCUGUUCAAAAAUGAGAACUGCCCCAAAGUGAUAAGCUGUGAGUUUGCUCACAACAACAACUGGUACGUCACAUUCCAGUCGGACACGGAUGCACAGCAGGCAUUUAAAUACUUAAGGGAAGAAGUGAAAACCUUUCAGGGCAAGCCAGUAAUGGCCAGGAUAAAAGCCAUCAACACAUUUUUUGCUAAGAAUGGUUACCGGGUAGUGGAUUCCAGUGUCUACCCUCAGCCAGUCCAAACCCAAGCCCAGUUUGCCUCCCCACUCUUCAUGCAGCCUGUCUACAGCCCCCAGCAGUACUCCAUCUACAGCAUCGUGCCUCAGACCUGGUCUCCAAAUCCUGCACCUUACUUUGAAACACCACUGGCCCCCUUUCCUAACGGUGGAUUUGUGAAUGGCUUUAACACACCAGGAUCAUAUAAAACAAAUGCUGCUUCUUUGAGCAUAGGUCGCCCAUUCCAUAGGAAUCGCGUGAAGCCGCAUUUCCGCUCGCCCAGCAGCUCGGAACACGCUGCCGAGGGUCCCGCUGCCGCCAGCCCCCUGCCCCUGGGGGAGGGAGCACUGAGCAGAACCAGCUCCAGGAGCUUCGUCAUGGAGCGGCACAACAGCACGUUACCGGGGCACCAAGACCAAGGCUAUUCCCAGAAGGAUUCUCCCACGGCACAGAUGGAGCAGAACGGAGAUUAUGGCAUCGGCAGGGGCAGGAGGAACGUUUUCAGAGGUCGGAGGAGACGAGAAGACGACCGAGUUUCAAGACCUCAACCUUCAGCAGAAACAAAGACUCAGACACCAAAGUUUGACUUGCUAGCAUCAAAUUUCCCACCUUUGCCUGGCAGCACAGCAAAAAUACCAGGAGAGUCGUUGCUGGAGAGCAGGAUGUCAGAUAUUGUCAAAGGAGUCUGCAAAGAAAAGGAAAGCAAAGAUUUGCUGCCCAGCUGUCCAGCUCCUGCUCAGGAAGAACAGCCACCCAGCACUGUCCAACAGCCUGUGACAAGUGUGAGUUCACCAAGCCAGACUGAAGCUGUGGUGUUAAGCACAGUUCAGCCAGACAGCAAAACAGAAGAAGUGUCUGCUCAGAAGGAUGUUCCCAGCCACGCUUCCCCACCGGUGUCCGUCUCUCCUGUCAGUGCUGCAAAGCCUCCCAGGACAAGCAGUGCUUCUCCCUCUGCGAGUGCAAGUGCAGCUCCUGCCUUGUCAGUGCAGGAGCCACGCAAGCUGAGCUAUGCUGAAGUUUGCCAGAAGCCCCCAAAGGAGCCUCCUCCCGUUCCUGUCCAGCCUCUUCGGGAACAUCGCACCAACAUAGUUCCCCCUGCCAAAAAUGAAGAAAGCAGCACACCUGAGAAGGCUCAGGAGAAGGUUGAAGGUCGAAUGAAGGAUUAUUCUGGGUUCCGAGGCAACGGGCCUCCCAGGGGAGCUGCUGGGAAAAUCAGGGAACAGAGGCGCCAGUUUGGACGCAGAUCAUCGCCUCAGGGAGCACCGCGACGGAUCGGCAAGGAGCAGUACGUGCCACCCCGGUCACCAAAGUAACACUUGUCCAGCCAAUUAUUCUCUUAUUUAAUUUGAGCUGUGGACUAAUGAGCAGCAAAGGAGAACUGUGAGAAAGAAGUAUUUUCGUGAAGGGGAAUACUGAACUGGAGCGUGGCUUGUGUGGAGGAGUUGUUGGAGGGUCCCAAAAUUCAUCUCUAGAAGUGAUUUCGCGAAUGCUGGAGGAUUCCAAUCAAUAUAAAUAUAGAGAUUAUAAUUUUUGUAUUUUUUUGUUUUUAAUUUGCAGAGGGGUUCCUGCUUGAAAUCAGUUUUUGGGGGUGUGAAACUAGCGUUUUGAGAAGGUGAAAGAAUAUGAAUUGACAAAUUAACCUGUCCCUUGGUGUGGGAGGAAAAGGAUAAGAGAAUAUUAUUUUUUUGAAAAAAAACGAGCAUUUCUGUAAAAUUAUAACUUUUUUUAACCUAUUUAACAUUUGGCUUGUUGGAUGGUGUGUCUGCCAUGGGUGGCCUGGCACUGCAGGGCACGUCUGCAGCUGAGGGGCUGGGUCAGUGUGUGAGUGGAACGAGUGCAGCCAGAUACUGGUGUCACGACGUAGUCACUGAUGAGAAAACCUGAAUGUACUGCUGUAGUAAACCUUGUGUUUCCAGCUUGAAGUGUAGUCUCUUGACCUUACUAAUAGUUCAUUCAGCAAGCUUUUUAAACUAAACCUGUGCAGGAUGCUGGAUUGUAGAUCAGAGCACGUGGGCAGCAAAUCCUGUCUUCUAGAGGCAACUGGAAGGAGGCAGAAGGGGGCACGUCAGAAGUUUUAAUUUGCUCUUUUUUUUCCUUCCCUCCUUUUGAGGGCAACUUCUUAGGUUUUGUUUUUAAUCCUGCUUGUUGCUUUCUGUAAUCUCUUUUAUCACAGACUUGUGUACAUUUCUUUUGGUAUGUUUUCCUGAGGCAGGCCCAGUGUAGGGUUGAUGGGUGGCUACACAGUAGGUGAUGGUAGUGUGACAAAUGAAGAGCUGGGAAUUCCAGAGUGGAGUUCCAGGGGUGGAAUUUCUGCAAGGGGGAGCUCUGGCUGCCCCACCAGAGUUAAGCUGAUGUCUCUCUGACUGGUUAGCAGAUCAGAGAUGUGGCUGGGUGUUCUCUAUACUGACCUGUCUUGUGUUCUGGAGCAGGGCACGGGACACUCAUACUAGAAAUCAGGGUUUGUAUCUACUGGGAACUCAAUGUUUACAGCUGAUGUGGUAGCAACUGACUUUUUAGCUGUUGAAGGUGGAACUAAAGGCUAAACAAAACCCCUCAUGUUCAGAGAAGUUACUUGAAAGUUCUUGCCUAGCUGACUAAAUUUGCAACACUAUUGUGUAGUAAGUGGUUAAGUUUAAAGGUGAUUACAGUAAUGACCGAAAUAGAAAAAUUCAGUGCAUUAAUCUGCCAAAAUUAGCAUGCCAGGGUUCCAAGUUCUGUGUAAAGUGGUAGGGAAAAGUAGCUUCCAGCAGUAAGAAUCACACCUUUUGGGUUUUUUCUUCUUUUUUUUUUUUUUUCUUUUUUUAAGUGAAUAGCAAAUGUACAAAGUUAAAGUUGUAAGUUGUGAACACUGGAAAACUCAAUUGUGAAAUAUACAGUAAACAUCUUAGUAAUAUAUGCUAGUGUUGCCAUUAGGAUGAAUGUAAGUGGAGGUUAAAAUAACUGUGAAAAAAAAUCUUCAUUUUCUGAUUUCUUAGCCAGAUAACCCGUGGCAACUUCUUACUCUGUAGGCAUUCUCUAUCAACUGCUUUGAGAACACUCAUAUCUAUUUUUAUAAAUAUAUAUAUAAAGCCAGAGUUGUCAUUUCUCUAACUUAUUAUUCAGCUUGGCAGUUGCUUUGAUUUGAUUCAUAACACAAGAUAAUGUAUUUAUGCAGUUAACUGUUCAUUUCUACGCAUGUCAUAUAUAUAUACAUCUAUAUAUAUAUAUAUAUAUAAAAAAAAAGAAACCAAAAUCAUUAUUCACUUUUAAACUACCUGUACUGGGUUUGGGAGGUUUUUUUUAAUUUAGUAAAAAAAAUUGUUGAUCACAUCUGCAGUUUAAAGAUACUUACAGAACCCUUCUCCAUGUGUUUCAAGAAUGAUACACAUGUGGGAAUGAGAGAGAAGUUUAAACAUUUUUUAAAAGUGUUAAAGUUUUGAAAUGAAAUGGAUUGAAAGUUAACUUUUAAUCAUUUUAAAGGCUAUAAACAAUUACUGCAGUCAAAGUGGAGGAAAAAAAUAAAUCUGUGUGAUAGUAACAAAUAUUUAGGAUAGAUGUGCACUGACCUUGCAAGGUUGAGGAAGUGUUGGGGUGCCAGGAGCUGGUUUUGCUGCUCAGAGGAAGAGGUUUUUUGGGAAGAGGUUGGUGCAGAUGUUUGAUCCCUGGUCUCCGUGGUGAAGGUGCCAGUUCUGAUCCGUGUGCAGUGCACAGAGUGACCUUGUAGUGCUGAAAGUAGCUGAGUUUUUAACAGUUGUGGCAUGUAACUUCUUCAUUUAUUAGAUGUGGAGGAAAAAAAAUAAUAAAAUAGUAACUGCAGUUCAAUCUUUCUUGUAAGGUGAUUGGAAAAACUUGAUGGUGGGAAGGAUGCUUUGUGUGUCCCAGGUGUGUGUUCUCCAGCAGCAGAUUAAGGCUCUUGUACAGUGUAUGCAAAUCAGUCUGUAAAACUGGUGGCUUUUUCCAGCAUAUUCCAAGUUUCAUCACAUUAGGGCUCUCAGAAAUUAUUUAUUUGAUACCUGCAAGGAUUUCACUUCAGCGUUUCCCUUCCCCCCCUGCCUCCCCCAUUUAUAAUUGUGGGGUUGGUUGGUUCUUUUUUUCCUUUUUCUUUUUUUGUGUGUGUGUGCAGAUGGGGGAGGAGGGCGUAAAUAACCAAGUAAAUAUAAAAGGCUGUGAAAACCUUAGUUUUGUGUGCAAGUUCUCCUGCAGUACUUGUAUUGCAUGGCAAACAUGUAAGGUAGACGGGCUAAGCUGCUACAUUCUCAUCCCCCUGAUGGACUCAGGCCCAGUGACUGUGUCUGUGCCCACCAAGGUGGGACAGGACAAAGGGGGGACAACAUCAGCAGAGGUGAAAGUGCCCCUGGUUCCCCAGCCCUGUUCAGUGUGCACUUGAAGUGACAAACAACAGUUCCCCGUGGUUCCUUCUUGGUAACUCACCACCUAAGGGAAAGAGGGAUUUUAACUCUACCUGAGAUGAGGUACCAGAAGGUGCAAAUCACGUGUAACUUUCAGUUUGAUGAACUGUGACUUGUUUUCAGAGUUGUUGAUUUCUUACUUUUGUUGUUAGCUACAGAGGUGUGCUUCCCCAGGUUGAGUUCUUUUCCAAGUGGUUGUGCAUGGAAAAGAUUGGGCCUCUCUCUUGUACUUCUGCUGGGGAGUGAGAAGUAAUAUUUGCAUGUGAUAGUAAAAUUUAAAGUGCAACAAGUUGUGUUGUUUUUUGUUUUUUCUUUUGAUUUCUAAACUUUAAGUUAGUUUUAUAGUAUCUUACAUUCCUGCUAUUUUUGUUUGUGUUUGUUUUGUUUUUGUUUUUCUAAAGUUAGCCUGGCACAGUAUGAUGGUGCAGUUUUAGCAGUAGAUUUAAAAAAAAAAAAAGUAAAAUAAUAAUAAUAAUUAAAAAAAAAGAGUAACCCACUAUUAACCAGAAGAGAAGGAUGAUACUGUGGCAGAUCAGUAGCAAAUAAGUGACUUAAUCAAUGCUUUACUGUAGUUCAAUAGCUAUGGCCUUACUACUUUGUCAAUAUCAGCUUAAUUGUCUUGAAAAUGUCUGCUAUUUUUACUGUUACCCAAGUGACUGAUCACCUGGGGUAAAAUAUCUGGUAUGUACAGAUGAUAUUUUAAAUUUGUAAAAUGCACCCUUGUGUUACAGACGAUGCAACAGAAAUGCACUUCGGGGGGAAAUUGCUUCUGAUAAGUUUUUUUGUAAAUCCUUGAUUACUACAGAUAUGCAAUAGAAUUUUUUGUUUCUAAUUUUGAUAUUUCCUUCUGAAACAUAAGAUUGUUGCCAUUAAUCUGAAUGAUUUAUCAUGCUCUUCUUUGUGUGUAUAUAUUACAUAUAGUCUGAGCUUCCUUUAGGAUGGUACAUAAUUUUGGUUUGUUGUAGUAUUUUAGUUGGCUCUUCUCUUAAGUGCCUUUAGUGCAGGCACUUCAAGAGGUUAAUUGAGUCUGUUUUUAAUGUACAGUUGGGAGGACUUGAAAUGGAGUUAAAGCAACUUAUUUCUGAAAAAUCCAUCUGCAAACUUAACCUGUAACAACUUUAAAAUUUUAUAUUUAAGAACCAGAGGUUUAUUUUUAUGGAGCUUCAGUUAUGGAUACAGUUUCCAAAAAUGCAACUUCAAAUGUAAACAGACUGUGCACAAAUGGGUUUUGUUCUAAUUUUUAUAGAAUACAAAAUAUUCAGAUAAUAUAUUGAGCUCAAGUUAUGACAGACAUCUUGUUCCUCCCGGAUGAAUCCAGCUUCCCCUUGGCAUUUAUGAUCUCUCUUCAAAGUGGUAGGGCUUCAGUGGAAGGAGAAAAAAGCAACCUAUCUGGCUUCUAUACUUUGUCUGUUCUGGUAUAUUCCUGUUGUCAAAACUGUCCAAAACAAAAUUUGUGUAAAGUAGGUUCAUGCUUUAAAUGUUAAAAUGAUAAUACAUGUAUUUGUAUUUGUUUUUGACAUUGCCAAGGUGCUAUGGGAAAUUGAAAUAACAGUUAGAAAAAUAAAGCUGAUUUAAAAGACAAAAAAAA